AUGUUCUCGCUCACUUACAAAACCGACGUUACGGAGACAGACUGGAUCGAUUAUCUCCGCCAGGGAUAUGAUGAUUUGGACUCCAUUCUCACCAGCACACGUCCCAUUGGUCAGCAGUUUUAUCAAGGCAAUCAUGUGUGGAAUCGACGAAUGCUGAAGGAAGAAGAUGUGUUGAAUGAACUGCACAACAAUUCGAUCUUCACGACGGUCUGUGGCUAUCUGGAGGACGUCGUGAACUCUCAUUCCGCGAGAGAAGAAGAUGCGAAAAUGGGAGAAUUACUGGAUUGGUACUCCAGCGUGUGCAAACGAUGCUCGAUCGAAGAUGAAGAUCGAAUCGUCCAGCUCCUGCAUGACGUGAUUUUCUAUGCAUCCUAUCGAUUCAACGGAUCGACAGACAAUCACCCAGCCACUAUGACGACAGAGAGAAACGACCGUGUUCUGAACUGUCUCAAUCGAUUAUCGUCGACCUACAAGCUCGCAAAACGAGUCUAUGAAGCGAAUCAAAUGGGACCGAUCGUGAUCAUCACUCCUGAAUUAGGAAAGUGGUCGACGGUGGGUGGCUUGGGUGUGAUGGUCGACAAUCUCUCCAAAGCAUUGGCUCAUCAAGGGCAACGCGUGCUUGUAAUCAGUCCUUACUAUGACAGUAAUCGAUAUGGAGAAAGAGAUUAUUUGAAACGAGACGGUAUCUAUUUUGAGAAAACGCUCCCCAUCUUAAUGCCUUCAGGUGGCACACUGGAAGUCGGAUAUCAUCGCGGAACGAUCAAUCACAUCGAUUACGUUUUCUUUCACCACGCCUCCACGUUCUCUCGCCCCUAUCCAAGCGGUUCUCCCGGGUUUAUGAUGCAUUGCCAAGUGCUCAUGGCUCUCGCCCCCCUCACAUAUCUCUCAACGCAGAACAUAAAACCAUCGAUUAUCAUCACGAACGAUUGGCCUUGCGGUCUCGUCGCCACUUACUGCCGAAUGUUCUACAUGGAUUCUUCGCUCGCCUCCUCGAGCUUCUUUCACAUUAUUCACAAUCUGGACGACAGUUAUGAGGGUCGAAUCUAUCCAGAAGAUGGCGAUACGCUGGAAUCGAUUCACCACAUUCCUCUGUAUCUGUUGCAGGAUCCCUAUUGGAGAGCCAACAUUCUAAAUCCAUCGCGCUGUGUGCUGUUAUCAACAGACAACUGGGGAACAGUGAGCAAUACGUAUCAGCAUGAUAUCGAAAACGGAUCGGCUCUUGCUUCGCUGCUUCGUCGCUACCCGCAGCCCUUUUCAUCCCCGAACGGAGUGUUUGUCUUUGAGAAGCGAAUCAAAUACGCUUCUCUCCCCACGCACACGCACAACACAGCGAAGCUGUACGUUCAGAGGAAAUACUUCGGCAUGGAAAACCUCAGCAUUCCCCUUCUCGUCUUCGUGGGGAGAAUCACAGAGCAGAAGGGAGUUCAUCUGAUUUGCGAGAUUGCUGAGGAGCUCAUUGUGAGUCGAAAUCGGAACAUUCAAAUCAUUCUCGGAGGAAUUGCAAACGAAAACGAUCCUUAUGGGCGUUACUGCAUGAACAAAAUCCAACAUCUUCGAACUUAUUAUGGCGACUGUUUCUGGGCCAAUCCGUACGAGUUCUUCACCGAUGGAUUCGUGUGCAAUCUUGCCGCAGAUUUCGGAUUGAUGCCUUCGCUCUUCGAGCCGUGCGGCAUUGUACAGGACGAAUUCUUCGUUGCAGGAACUCCGGUCAUCGCGUUCAGCACCGGAGGGUUGAAGGAAACCGUGCAUGAUUGGGCGAGCGGUGCUGCCGAUGUGAACGGCUUCCUCUUCCUUCAGCACAGCUACAGAGACUUUAUGAAUACGAUUCAGCGGGCUCUCGCUGUGUUUGCAAACAAAAACGACUAUGAACGAUUGCGCGAGUCAACCAGUCAGACGCCAAUCGAAGUUUCCUUGCAGGCUCGCGAUUACUUAUCGGAGCUCUACAGAAUGCGCCGGAGUCUCCUUCCCAGUGUGGAGAUUCCUUUCACCUAUUCGUUUGACGAGAGUGAGAGUCCGAAAGAGGUUUUGUUAGUUGGCGAUUUCACGGAUUGGGAGAAGAAUGGAAUUCAAAUGAAAAGGGAGGGAAAUCAGUUUGUGGUGCAAAUGAAACUGAAACCGGGCGACUACCGAUACAAGUAUACCGAUCGAUUGUCAAAUAAUACAUAG